CUUUUGGAUAAAAGGACACUCUUGCUGCUCACUCACUGCCCUCUUUCCUCUGUCCACAAUAAAACUCUUUACUCGCAGCAACUCUUUGAAGAACAGAGCUAGAGAGAGAAAGGGAGGAGAGAGAGAGAGAGAGAGAGAGAGGAGCUACAAAGAUGGUUCGGAGCUCAACAAAUACCAAGGGGUUCUCGCUUUUUAUGCUUUUGUUUGCUCAUUUGGCCACUAAUACUCUUGCAUUAUUAGAAGACGGCCCAAUACCGAACGGAGACUUUGAGACAAGCCCAUUGGGCGGGUUCCCAAGCGAGGACGCCGUAACAGAUGGGCCAACGACGAUCCCAAACUGGAAACUACACGGCACCGUUGAGCUCGUGGAAUCGGGGCAGAAACAGGGUGGGAUGAUCCUCAUCGUACCACAGGGUAGGCACGCGGUGAGAUUGGGAAACGACGCAGAGAUCAGCCAAGAUCUGACGGUGGAGAAGGGGUCAAUCUACUCCGUGACGUUCAGCGCGGCCCGCACGUGCGCGCAGCUGGAGUCGCUGAACGUGUCGGUGGGGGCCGCGUCGCAGACCAUCGACCUGCAGACGCUGUACAACGUGCAAGGGUGGGACCCAUACGCCGUUGCUUUCGACGCCGAGUCGGACAAGGUGACUUUGGCCUUCAGGAAUCCUGGCAUGGAGGAUGACCCCACCUGUGGGCCCAUCAUUGAUGAUAUUGCUAUCAAGAAGCUCUUUUCUCCUGAUCAACCCAAAGACAAUGCUGUUCUUAAUGGCAAUUUUGAAGAAGGUCCAUGGGUUCCCAAAAACGUGUCGCUUGGCGUAUUGCUUCCCACCAACCUAGACGAAGAAAUAUCCUCAUUACCAGGCUGGAAUGUAGAAUCCAACAGGGCCGUGAGGUACAUUGAUUCCUACCAUUACAGCGUCCCCGAAGGCAAGCGAGCCAUUGAGUUGCUCUCUGGCAAGGAAGGCAUUAUCUCUCAAAUGGUCGAGACCUCGCCGAACAAGCUCUACACCCUAACCUUUGAUUUGGGCCACGCGGGUGACAAGUGCAAGCAGCCGCUCGCGGUCAUGGCCUUUGCAGGGGACCAAGCACAGAACAUCCAUUACACGCCGGAUUCCAACUCCACGUUCCACACCACUAGCCUCAAUUUCACCGCCAAGGCGGAGAGGACUAGGGUCGCGUUCUACAGCAUUUACUACAACACGAGGAGCGACGACAUGAGCUCGUUGUGUGGCCCGGUCAUUGAUGAUGUUAGAGUGUGGUUCUCUAGCUCUCAUAGGAACGGGAUUGGAGGUUUGGGGUUAAGAAUAGUGGUUGCCAUUUGGGUGCUUGUUUUGGUUUUGGUUUAAGAUUUUUUUUUUUUUUUUUUUGCUGGUUAGAAAGUUUAUAUAAAUAUAUAUAGCCUACUGUUUGUUAGUUGUGGGGUGGAAUGGUAGUGUUGGUAUAAGACCACCUUCCUUAGUUCCGUGUUGUAUGUCAUCUUUGAUGUUAUAAUCUUUGCUAUGAAAUGAAAUAUAUGAUCAGCAUCUUGUUUUUGCCAA